AUGUCCGCAGGAGAGCGCGGGUGCUCGAUGUCGCACCUCCUGCUGUGGGCUCAGAUUUCUGCUCUCGCCGACGAUCAGCCGCCGGUGCUGGUGCUUGAAGACGACGUCGAGCUGGCUGAUGACGCUGGCCACAGCUGCGCCGCGCUCAUCCAUGCCGUCCAAGCAGCGCUCGCUCCGGAGCGCCGGCAGCUCCUGCUCUAUCUCGGGGCAGACGUGGCGGCGUGGGGUAGCCCAGAUGUCUCCCGCGUGCCCCGCUGCGGAAGUGGCGGUGGCCAGCUUCUACUCCGCGAAGCACGGUACGUCUGGUGCGCCUCGUCCUACGUCAUCUGGCCCGCAGCAGCCCGCGUGCUACUGCGCCAUCUACCGGUCAGCGGGCCCGCUGACGUCCACCUGUCUCGGCUCAUCUGGCUGCGGUCCGUCUCCGCCCUCGUCGUGGUGCCGAACCUCGCUAAGCAGAGCGUCUGCCGCACCGGCGAGUUUGGUCACGGUCCGGACUGGCAGCGUGCGCAGAAGGCGGCGACGCUGCGACAUGUCCUCCAACUCCCAGAGGGAAGCGGGGUGAUCGAUUGUGGGGCGCACAUCGGGGAUUAUGGCGUUCCGCUCGCAUUAGCCCUACAACGUUGCGGCCGGCGGGAUCUCACAGUGUACUGCAUCGAGCCAGCGGCUGACAAGUGCCAAUUCAUCCGCCGCAUGGCUUGGGCCAACGGGGUCGAGGAUAGCGUGAGAGUGAUCAGUGUCGGUCUUAGCAGCCAGGACGGCCGCUUUGUUUCCCACGAAGACAGCACCGGAGGCUCGGGCGCCUCGCAGUGGCGGCCAGCAGCACGCGGCUCGCUCUUUCGUCGUCUGGACACCAUGUGUGCUGAAGGUGUGAUCGGCGAGGUGGGCUUCAUGUGGCUUGACUGCGAGUUCAUGGAAAAGCAGGCCCUGCUGGGCGGUAUCAAGCUCCUUCGACGAUGCAGGCCCACUAUCGUUCUCGAGUUCACUAUCCCCAGGCGCGUGAAUUCUCUCGGCGUUGUCACCCACAGUAGGGCCGGCACCGUCAGGGAGUUGAGGGCAGAGUUUGAGGAGCUGCGGCUGAGGGUGGACGAUUUUUACGCUGCAAGAUUCCACGACGACUGGCUGAUUCGUUUUGCACCGCUGGGCCUCUCUGGGUACCUAUGA